AUGCCGAAAACUUUAAGUGAAAUUAAAAAACUUUCCGCUUAUCCAGAAAAUUUCGAGAAAGCAGUUGGUUUCAUAAAGAUAACACAAGAGUACACUGUGGAUGUUGUAGCAGCAAUUGAAAAGUUGAUUAAUACUUCAUCAUCAAAGGGAUCCAAAGAGAAUGAUUUGGAACGAUUGGCACAUGUCGCGCAAAAGUAUAUGCCAUAUUUUGCUUCUGGCAGUUUCUAUGAAGCACUUCAAGCAACAGCAAAUGUUUGUAUUUCAAUUGCAAAACAAGAACGUGAAGCUCAAAUGGAAGCAUUUCAACGAGUGGUUACACCAAUGAAAAAUUGGAUUCAGGAAGAUUAUCCACGCCUUAUGAAAGAUAUUAAGAAGUGUUAUAAUCUAAAAGAUAAAAUGGAUCGAGCUAUGGCAAGUGUAGAAGCGCGGAAAACACCGGAACGUCUUAUGAAAGCGGAAGAAGCCAGAAAUAAGCAUCAAUUAUUCUUUGAACGAGUUGAAAAUGAGUAUCAGUUUGAACAGAAAGCAAAGAAUGAAUUCUAUGCAGCAUUCAUCAAAUGUGAAGCUGAAAUUAACGCUGGUACUGCAGCACUAAAAGAAACGAUCAAAUAUGCGUCUGCUGAAGAAACAGAUUUGAAAGAAACAAAGAAUGAGAACGAAAAAGAAUUGGAAAAGAAUACGUUGCAAAAAGUUAAUCUGAAGCAGAUGAAAAUGGAAGAACAAAUGGAUGGUUUAAAAUUAGAGAAAGCGGAAAAGCAAAUUGGUAAACAAGAGAAGGAUAAGAAAAGCAAAGAGGGAGAGAAUGAAAUUUGA